AUGUCCUUCCAUCAAGAUGAUUAUAUGGUAAAUAGGCUGAUAAGACCAAAUUCGAUUUUUGGAACAUGUUUAGAUUGUGGAAAGGAAAAAAGCGACGUAGGAUGGUGUAAAGAUUGUGAAAUUAGUGCCUUGAAAGGAAAUUUUAGAAAAUGGACAAGUGGUAACCUUGACAUUGAUAAUUUAAUUCAAUACACAAAAUUAAAUGCGACUGGGAUUAUAGAUUAUUUAGAAUAUAUUGAUUUUGUACAAUUAGAAUUAGUAGAAAUAGCAAAUAGAAGUGAGGCCACUGGCGCAAUUUAUUCAGCAAUUUGGAUAGAAGGUCCCCGAAGGCUUUGGGAUAAUGACGCUGAAAAUUGGUCACGAAAUCGUCCUACAAAAGUUGCUCUAAAAAGAAUUAAUGAUGCAUCAUAUAUAUGUGAAGAUUACUUAAAGCAACUUUUUAAACAUCACCAAUGCGAGAACGGUGCAAACAUUUAUGGAGUGACUAAAGAUUAUAAUUCAAAUUACAUGCUCGUUAUGAUGUAUUAUGAAUAUUAUGAAAAUCUGGAUUUAUAUUCAUAUAUUGAUGAAACUCAAGGAAAGCUUUAUUGGAAAGGUAUCAUUGUAAUGAUUUGGCAGAUCUUGGGAAGUAUACUCAUAACUCAUGAAAAGGAUUAA